CUGGAUAAUAAUUUUGAAACAGAGAGAAUAAUAGAUGGAAGACCCAAAAAGAAAAGGAAAUAAGAAGCCUAACUUCAAAAUUUUCACCAAAAUCGAAUUUGGUGAUCCACCCAUAAUGAACAAAAUCUUAUCCAUCGAUGAAUUUUAUUUUAAAAGGGAUUUCCUUUCGUUUUCAGAUGCUGUAUUAUGACUCUUCUGUCAUUUUUAAUUUCCAAUAAAGCAUGUUCGUUGGGCGUUCAUCAAGAAAGAUUGCUCCAGUCGACAUAAAAACAGAGCAGAAGAAUCGUGAAUCACGACGACAAUCCCAAUCAUCGCGGGUCCUCUUUAUUAAUCAUCAUGUUGGUAUUGUAUUACUGAUAAUACCCAAAGCAGCAAAUACCAAAACAGAUAAAAACAAACACAACAACAUCUCGAAUUCUCUGCAUCUGAACCUCCAAAGUUCAUUUCAUCAUCCAUGGCCAUGGAGUCCAAAUUACACAUAGCCAUGUUACCAUGGUCAGCCUUUGGUCAUAUUAUUCCAUUCCUGGAACUUGCCAAGUUCAUAGCUAAAAAGGGCCACACAAUCACCUUCCUAUCCACCCCAAGAAACAUCGACCGCCUUCCACAAAUCCCAUCACAUCUUGCUGCUUCCAUAACCUUUGUCAAGCUUCCAUUUCAUAAAGUUGAUGGACUCCCUGAAAACGCAGAGGCCACCAUGGAUAUCUCUACUCCUCUCCAGAUGUCCCUUCUCAAGAAAGCUCAUGAUGGCCUUGAACCCGAGUUGAUUCGUUUCUUGGAGUCCGCUCACCCUGACUGGUUUAUUCACGACUUCAGCUCACACUGGGUACAACCAGCUGCCCGGAAUCUUGGUGUUUCCACAGCAUUUUUCAGCAUCAUCAACGCCUGGACAUAUGGGUUUUUUGGACCCACAGAUAUGCUAAUCAAUGGUACUGACACAAGGUGCAAAGUUGAGGACUUUAUAGUUCCCCCAAAAUGGGUUCCAUUUGAGUCAAAAGUGGCUUUUAAAAUCCACGAGGCUCACUGGGUGAUGGGAGCUGUCAAGGAGAAUGAAUCAGGGGCAUCCGAUACUUACCGUGUUGGAAUGAUAUCCAAGAAUUCGGAUGUUAUUAUCUUCCGGCACUGCUAUGAGUUUGAAGGCCAAUGGUUGAAUCUACUGAAUGAGAUGUACUAUUGCCCAGUUAUAGCUGGAGGAUUAAUGCCACCCCAGAUGGGGGAUUCCAGCAAUGACAACACUGAACCAUGGAUCUCAAUCAAACAAUGGCUUGAUGGUCAGAAGCAAAGUUCGGUUCUGUAUGUGGCCUUAGGGAGUGAGGUUUCACCAUCUCAAAAUGACAUCACUGAGUUGGCUCUGGGACUGGAGCUGUCUAAUGUGCCAUUCUUUUGGGUCCUAAGAAACUCAUCUCAAUCCGGUAAGUCCGGCAACUCGCUUGAGCUACCUGAUGGGUUUGAAGAGAGGGUGAAGGGAAGGGGGAUGGUCUGGAAGAAUUGGGCACCACAGUUGAAGAUAUUGAGCCAUGAUUCAGUUGGUGGAUUCUUGACCCACUGUGGUUGGGGAUCACUUAUAGAAGGAUUGAUGUUUGGUCAUCCACUAGUUAUGCUGCCGUUUGUGACAGACCAAGGUAUGAAUGCUAGGGUCAUUGAGGACAAGCAGGCCGGCAUGGAAGUGCCGAGAAAUGAGCAGGAUGGGUCAUACACCAGUAAUUCAGUGGCUGAGACGGUGAAGUUGGUUAUGGUUGAAGAUGAAGGCAAAAAAUUUAAAGAAAAGGCUAAAGAACUGGGAAAAAUCUUUGGGAAUAGAGAACUACAUGAUGCAUACCUGCACAAGGUAGUUGAAUAUUUGGUGGAAUUUCGACAUAAAUCCAAUGAGUGAUCUGUUUCACUGUUCCUCAGUACCAUUUAUUUCCAUCCAUGAAAUUGUUGAAGAUGUUAUAGGUUGUUUCUGUAUCCAGUAGAGAUAUCUUUUGUGACUAGGAAAAAAUUGAAUACACAAUGCUGUAUUGUGAUAACUGCUUAUUGUAAGGCAUCUAUUACAAAGGAAUUGACCAUCUUGAAAAUAAGAAGUCAAUAGCAAAUAUAUAACUCAUUAAGGCAGAAAGUCUCAGCCAUGGAUCGCUCGAUUGUAAGCUUGAGGAUAUAACCGGAAAAAAUGGCGUUUUUACCCAAAACUUUGCCAUCGGC